AUGUUCAUUGGUUUUUCCCUGUCAAUCAUCCUGCUGACAAUUGCCCAGCUAAUUUUUUUCUCAUUUAAACAGUUACGCUGUGAUCGGAUCACCUUGCACAAAAACCUUUUUGCUUCAUACAUCAUGACCGGAUUGACGAAAAUCAUCUUUUUAGCAAGCGUAACUUUAAAUGCAAGCAUCAUUCAUUCAAAUCCGAUUUGGUGUCGAAUCAUUCCGAUUAUCCAAGAAUACGCAGUCACAUGCAACUUUGCCUGGAUGCUUUGUGAGGGGUUCUAUUUACACACGGUUCUUGUCUGGCCUUUCCACACGGGCAAAAAACUAAUCUAUCUUUGUUACGGCAUUGGCUGGGGAAUACCGUUUUGGUUGGCGUUAUUUUACGCCAUUUUCCGGUUUCAAAGCAAGAUGAACAGACUAUGUUGGAUAGAAAAAAACGAACUCCACUGGAUAAUCGACGGCCCAAUUUGCUUUUCGCUUUUACUCAACAUUUAUUUCCUGUGCGCCAUUGUUUUCGUCCUUUUAACAAAAUUAAGAGGAAUGUCGGACAAUUCGCAAACAAGGAAAGUAUUCCGUGCCACCAUGAUCUUAGUUCCUUUGUUAGGACUGCAAUAUCUGCUCGCUGGUUUUUCUUCCAAAGAUCCUGUGUUUCGUGAUAUUUAUCACAUUACCACAGUUAUUAUCAGCAGUUUACAGGGAACGUUUGUGGCAAUCAUGUAUUGCUUUUUUGAUCGCGAGGCGUUAUCAGUUAUCAAGCGAUGGUAUAACCAGCGAAAAGAAGACCUCAGUGGUAACAAUUCGAAACGCGUUUCCACUUAUAUUACAAUGUACACGGAUCCACUAACGGCAAGUAACAGUACAAAGACAGUAGACGCUGACUUACCAGUGUCACAUUGCAAAAUGACCAGUGACGCAGCUUCACCGGAAGAAACAGUCGAGCCUCACCGGCUAUCCUCUUCCGCCUCACCUGCUAUCCUUUUCAGCCUCACCUGCUCUCCUCUUCCGCCUCACCUGCUAUCCUCUUCCGCCUCAUUUACUAUCCUCUUCCACUGCACCUGCUAUCCUCUUCCGCAUCAUCUACUAUCCUCUCCCGCCUCACCUACUAUCCUCUCACGCCUCACCUGCUAG